UCGGCACAUGCCGGGCAGCGGGGCGCGGCGGUACCGCGACGUGCCAUCGUGUGGCUGGCGGGAGUCUGUGAUUUUACAGUUGUUUUCAGAGGCUGGGCUGGAUAUUGCCUUUUCGAGUCCGCGACACUGUUUCAACACGUUUUUAUUACGAUAUAAGGAGAGGCAGGGUGACCACGGGUCAGCAUCUGUAUGUCUGAGUAGAGAAUGCAUCUCUCUCCUCUCUGGUUUAUCUGAACUCUUGGCGGAGCAAACUCCUGCUCGCAGCCUGCGUAUUGCUGGAAAAGGGGAAUUUACGUGGAUGGACUUCUAGAGCUCUUCUGGGAUACUUCCACCUCGGUCAGGAGCUGCUGAAAUGGGUUGUGGAUUGAACAAACUGGAGAAACAUGAUGAAAAACGACCUGGUAAUAUCUAUUCAACUUUAAAAAGGCCCCAGGUAGAAACCAAGAUAGAUGUUUGCUAUGAAUAUCGGUUCCUGGACUUCACAACACUAAAUGAUACUGAGCUGCCAGGAUCAUCUGCAAUCAAGCUCUCCUCCUUGCGUGAUCUUCCAGCUCAGCUGCAAGAAUUGUACCAGCAGGGCUUCGUCUUGGCUGCUGUCCACCCUUUCGUGCAACCAACUGAUGACAAAGAGAAAACUCCCCAGGAACAAAUCUUCAGGGCUGUGCUUAUCAAGAAAACAGAAAGGUCUCCAAAAGGUGACGUCCAUAGUGAAGGAUAUGUCUUGGAGGUAGAAUGUUGCUCCUCUUUAAUCCAGCUUUCAGACAAAAAGGAGGUACCUGAUUUUAUUAAGAAAAUUCAAGAUGCUGCAAGUCAAGGCUUGAAAUUUGUUGGAAUUAUACCUCAGUACCAUGCCCAAAAGAACUGUCUUGUGAGCGCCUCCCUGACACCCGCCAGUAACAACUCUGUGCAAUCAAGAGAUAAUAAAAAUGUUUCAAAUUGCCCCGAGGAUCAUGCUUCACCAGAUGGCGAGAAAAUAGAUGGCAUUAAUGGAAGCAGUACUCCGGCACCGAGUGACGAAAGUGCUGACCAAUGUGCCACAUCCAGGGAGAACUGGAAAGGUGAAGGACAGGAUGCUGAAGAGCUGAAUCUCAAGUCUGCAAAGGGAAACGAAGAACAGUUUCAACAUGCGAAUCCAAGUGUAACAGAAGUGGCAGAAAAGCCAAAUGGACUUGCAGAGAAUGUAACACCAGCACGGUGCUUAAAACCACUUACGGGCAAAGCAGAGAUCUUCGCUCUCUUCAACAAGCCAAAAACCCCACAAAGAUGCAGCCAGUAUUAUACAGUGACUAUUCCUAUGAGAAUCUCCCGGAAUGGGCAAACUGUCAACAGCUUAGAAGCAAAUUGGCUGGAGCACAUGACAGAUCACUUCAGGAAAGGAGGCUCAUUGGUAACCGCCAUCUUCAGCCAUGGAAUGGUAAAUGAUUCUUUACAUGGUACAAUGGAUGGAGUAUUUCUCUUUGAAGAUGUUGCUGUGGAAGACAGUAAAACCAUGCAGGGCUAUGAUGCAAUUGUUGUAGAGCAGUGGACUGUCCUGAAGGGAGUUGAAGUGCAGACAGAUUACGUUCCGCUGCUGAAUUCCCUUGCCGUGUACGGCUGGCAGCUGACGUGUGUGCUUCCUACUCCAAUUGUGAAGACAAACAGGGAGGGGAAUUUAUCUACAAAGCAAAUUGUAUUUCUUCAGAGACCUUCUUUGCCCCAGAAAGCAAAGAAAAGAGAAUCUAAGUUUCACUGGAGGUUCUCCAAAGAAGACAUGCACAAUAAACAAAUGAAGAAAUCCACAAAAGCUAAAUUAAGUACUAGAGAAAAGCAAAUGGCAGAGGAGAAGCAGGAGUUUGAGGUCACAGAGAACACAAGAAACUUAGAAGCACAAAUCUCAACAUCAGCCAAGCCUGAUCCAGAACAGCAGCUGGAUGAUGUCAUAGACUUGGGAGAUGAGGUAGCUGGGACCAACGACAGAGGUACCUAUCAUGACGGGGCGUCAGAAGACACAUGUCCUGCCAGUUACGAUACUGAUGACAAUGACGCGCAGGUUUGCCUCAGCCAGAGUACAUCUGGCUGCUGUGCGGAUCAGGUAACAGAGGGGGGAGACUGUGCUCCAGUAUCGGACGGCUGCAACGGCAGCGAUGGGGCAGGGCUGGACGCGGACUGCUCCUGUGAGUAAGACCUACAUUUGAAGAAUCCUGUGAGUUGCUGAUAGUUUGCCAAGACAAAAGAACAGAUUCUGCUAAUCACCAUUGCUAACUCCAUUGCUCAAUUCAGUAUUUCUUUGGCAUUGCACUUACUUUGCUCCUUAGCACACUGAUAUCUUGAUGUUUUAAGUAACUGCAGAGCCUGGGCUUUUUAACCUACAGAAACCUUAGUUUACAGAGUGGGAAAUGCCCUACACUAUCUCCUAGAGCUAAGUUUUAAAAAGUAGGAACAGAAAACACACUCGGGUUUUUCUAGGUUUGUAUCUAGGUCAGGGCAAACAUUCCACUUGGUCAGAUUUUAUUCUAUAAUACUUUCUCGUUCACGUAUCUUUGCUGGAGAAGUUAUUGUGCCAUAUGUUACUUUGUCAUUAAGCUUGUAGUGUCAUGAAAAUGGUAUUUGGGCUUAAACAGGCUGAAAUUGGAAAGCUUAGGUAAGAUGUCUGAUAUCUGUAUUUAUCUCGAAUAGCAUACUUAUUGAUGAUUCUCUCUUCUGGAUUUUAUUAACUCUUGCAGAUUUAAGCAAUAAGCAAAUCACAUACCUAUUUUAGGCACACUGGGUAAAAAAAACCCUGGUAAAUUUGUGUGAGGCAGAUGAUUCCGAUCUAAAAUGCAGUUUCCUAUUUGCUCAUCUUUAGUGUUCUCUUUGCCAGUCAACAGUUCAUCAAUAGUUGUGGGGGCUUCAGAAGAUAGAAAACCAGGAAACAAAAAAAGCAGGUAAAACAUACUUCUUUCAGUGGCUAUCAUCAUAAAAAUUGGAAUUAGAUGUUACCUCCUGACCCUUCCAGGUUAUUUUGCAUCACUUACAAACUGUUAGGUGUUGUGAGAAAGAACUGAAAUUAUAGACAAAUGGCAUGGGUCAGUGGCCAACAAAUGUCACUAAAUAACCUUACAAAAUGCAAAUACUUCAAUAGAGGGGCUUUUUUCUACACAUAACCAUAUUUUGGGACUGAUACUUAAUGGGAUUCUGUAAAAUUGCCAACACUUUAAUGUUUGGAGUUACUUUUAAAAUAUUUACAAGUGAAUGUACAUGUGUAAUAUAGUUUCUGUGCCAAUGUUCUCCAAGUACUUCAGUAUCCUUAAAAAUGUAGGAAGUAGUUGUUUCCCUCUUCUUAACCACCUUCAUCCCUGUUUAGAAGUGGUCAAAUAAUCUGUUAAGAGGUGGGAAAUACAUUCUAAAUUCCCCUGCUUUUAGUUUUUUAAAGCAAGAUCUCUGUAAGUGAUUUGCUGGUUUUUUUCCCUUGACUGAUUUGUGCCCGAUAGUUUUCCUUAGUCUUCAAAUCAAAAUGCUGUACAAAGAACUAUGUUCUGUAUCAAAUGUACACCUAGAGUGGGUCAAAAGCAUUUUCCACACCUAAAAAUCUCACAGUUGGCAGAACAUUUCAGAGAAGGGAAAAAUCAUACCACUGUGAAUAUUCAUCUAAUUGGGACAGCAGCACUCAAGUUUAAACCAUUUGAUUUCACACACACAAAGCACGGUGAUAGUUUUUUCAGUGAUUAAAGAUUUUUUUAUUUUGAAUUCAGUGGUUUAAGUGGAGGACGAUAAGUAACUUCAAUUUCUGGUGGUAUUUUUCAAUUAUUUCAUUCUGUUUCUUGAGAUUAGACUGGAGUUUCAAUAGCCUCAAAAAUAGGUUGUUUCAGUUGUUCUACUUAAAUACAAGGUCUCUGUUCUGUACAGUUAUAAGUACCUGUUUGCAUAUUUUAUUAGCAUAAGAUCUUUCUACUGAUGGUUUCUAUUUCAAGGACUAGCUUUGUAUUAAUCUUGUUUAAAAAGUCACUAUAUUUAAUGAACAUUAAAAAGUGUUGCAGUAGAAAGAACUCUCCAAAUAUUUCUGAACAGAAAGCAUUUAUUGGAUUGCAAUUUGACCUUGUUUAACUGAAUCUCAGCUUCUUACAAAACUAAGGAGAAAUAAAGGUCGUGUGGAGAUUUCUCAUUUGUGGUACUUGCACAACUGCCGAUAAUUUGUCCCCAAAAGGAGACUUGGUGUCUCUAAGUGGUGACGAGGGGAAGCUCCUUACUACUGAAUUAGCAGUAACCAGUGCUAGAGAACUGCCUACUUGGUUUUUCGUGUGACAGAGCAUGUAAAGGUCUGUGAGGAAAUAGCACUGCUUUAAGUGAAAGCUUGAUUUAAAACUUUGUUCCUGUAAUGCCAACUUGUUCCUGCAUUACAGUUCCUGUAAUGCAGCUUAGGGUUGGGAAGAUUCUAAGAGAACUUAAAUGUUUUUUCAGUUUAAAAAGGGGAAACGGGUUUGGUUUUGUACCCACUUAAUUCCAACUUGUGACUUUGAAUUACUUUGAGUUAGUUCAGCUGUUUGGAGUUGUGCAUGUGCUUUCACUGUGCCCCAUCUCAAGUAAGCUGAGAGAGAGCUUAAAUCUCCUUGUAGACAGAUGAUACAGAUGUGCUGAGGGCUGGGGAGGGCGGACAUGGGGUACAGCAGCUGUUACAUGCAUUUUAUCACAGCUGCCUUUGCCGUUUGGGGCUUGAAAAAGCAAGACCACUAGAGCAGUCAAGGAAGUGAAAGCAAGCGGUCAUCACCUUAGUUGAAGCCUGAAUGGAGAAGAGAAAGGGCUAGGCCAGAGUUUAAUUCCUGUAUCUGAAAACCUGACCAAUGUGGAGAAAUACGCCAGCAGUGGAGACACCGUAUGUGGGAGAGGCUGAAAUAGGAGUUUGGCUGCAGAGGUACAGUCUCAAUCUUCCACUCGAGGGGGGAGGGCAGGCUCCAUACCAACUUCUCACCUGGAGAAGCCACAGAUACUCUGCUGCUCUGAGCUGCUGCCUCAUCCCCAGCAGAAGGUGGAGAGGGAGGCCAGGCCCUUUCCUUUCCCACAAAAAGCCACCAUUUUAAGCCCAACCUAUUCUUUUCCCCAAACUAGGCAGAACCUCUCAGUAAGGAUGCAAACUAAUCUUACCAUUUCUCUCUUGUAAGGGAAGGACACACCAGUGAGUAUUGCCGGCAUAGCUGGGGAAGCAGCUGAUGGGUUGUUGCUACCACGUGUCACUGAUGCUGGCUGGUGACAGUGAAGCACAACAGCACGCACAAGUGGCACUUUGGUGUAUUUUAACAUAAAUUUAUUAGAGCAGCAAAACUCACGUGUGUAGACCAGUCUCAAAGAGUUACCUGUCUUUGAGGGAGGAGCACGCGGGAUGCUCUGUGGGGAGAAGGUACACAUGCUGGUGUUGAGUGCAAGUGGUCAUCUGAGCAAGACAGCAAUUGUUAAAUGGGAUGAGUUGGAAAGAGAAAAUCCAUUUUAGACAAGUGAAGAAAUGUCAAAGGCUGAAUGAAGAUGGCAAAGAAGAGCAGCUGAAUUAAAUGAAGGAUGGAAAAGGGAGUUUAUAUUGAAACAACAGUGAGGGGCUGGGGUAGAGGGGUAGAACUAACAUAGGUAGGAAGUCCAAAAUGUUGAAGCAUCAUAAUGGAAAUAGUUUACAUGUAGAGUUUAGAGGGGGUUAAAUGAACAAAUGAUUUGACUGACACUUCAUCUUGUGUAAUUUCUUUGAUUAUUGGAUUAGCGCACUUGAAAACAGUAUGAUUGAAAUAGCUCAAAGUAGCUUUAACAUAGGCAUGGAAAUGAAGCUAAGUACAAAAUAAUAUACUCUUUUUUCCCUAAUUUGGCCCCUCUAUCAGCCUCAGUUUCUGAGGUGAGCAGGGGAAGGGUUCUGCAUUUGAAUACUCUGCUUUUCCUUUGUAGUUGCCAUCACUCUGUACAUGUGCAUCAGGGAGCCAAUUAUAGGGCAGAAAUAAAGCGUGAUCAGCUUUUAACCCAGGAAUUUCAUCCUCCCAAAACCAAAGACCAUAAGAAGAGCAGAUACUAAUUUCUUGCUGAUAAAUGCUUCUCAAAAGUAUGAGGAAUGCUGGCUAACAAUAUCAACAGACCUACGAAUUAAGAGUUGUGGACGCAAUUCAUGUGUCUGCAAGGGUGUUAGUGG